GGUACUGAAUUAAAGGCUGAGCGCUGUCCUUAAAAAAGAACGGUACACGCAACGGGCAAUCGGCUUCACAAGCAUUUAAAAUUGUGCCCAGUGUCACAGUGGGCUGAGCUUAUACAGUUUACAGAGCAGGACACUGGUCAACAAACGCGUGGAGAUCCCGUGCUGCGUAUGCAAACCCUUGGUCUCUCUGCAACUGGCUGACGGAGCGCUCUUCCUUUCAUUUUUUCAAGGAAAAAGUGUUGAUCCCAAGGACAUUUAUUUCUACUAUUGAGGACUCCAACACCGAAAACAUGAGUAAUUCAAGCAAUUACAUUGGCACUGUGUUGAUUCUCCUUGCUGUGGUCACGGAUAUAGGUGCUAAAGGCUCCCUGACUGAAGAUGGUAUACCCUUCACCCAGAGUGGCCAGUCUCAGAGAGGAGCCGGGCCCUACCCAACCACACAGGACACAGAGAGAAAUCACCAGCUUCUUACUACAGCCCCGCCGCUUAACGUCCCCAACCACCACCCUCUUUUUGAUGGCUUCCUUGUGCACCAGCCCCAAAAGGCUCAGACCAUCAGUGAAAGGCAACAUGACUUUGAGGACAGUGGGGGAGCGGGCCAUGAUCCCACAAUGGCAGCCCUGAACUCUCCCUUCACAAAUGACCCUUCUACUCAUGAUACACUGGCUUUCUCCAAUGUUGCCACAACCGCCGUUACUACAGCAUCUACAGCGACAAAACAAGUUGACCCAGGAGUUGAGAACGGGGUACUGUCCGAUGGAAAAAAGACUGUCCCGGUUAGAGGAGAUGGCACCCUGGAUAUCCUGACCACGCAGGUCAUGCACACAUCUGCACCCCCCCCACGCACCUUCACCCCCGACUUCGCCACUCCAAUUGCAUCUCAACAGUUAGACAUCCCAACCACAACCACCCCUGCUCCCUCUGCCAUGACCACUCCAGCUGAGAAAGAUGCAGUGAGUACAGUUCAAUCCUUGACAGAGCGUGAACUUAUCCCAUCUGACAACUGUUCAUCGGUGUCACCACGGAUAUCUGUCGAUAUGAAUGAAGAAACCACUACAACCACUAUAACUACAACCACCAUUACCACCACCAUACAGACCCCAGUACCUUGCCACUUCAACCUGACAGCACCAGAUGGCUACAUAGAGACUCCGCAGCCACCGGGUUCCUGGUAUUAUUCCACUGAGGACUGCGUCUACACUGUUACUGUCUACAUGGGCUAUGGUGUGGAGAUACAGAUUAUGAACGUGAGUCUGUCCGAGGGUGACAGAGUGACAUUUGAAGACCUGGGAGGAAGGGAGCCUGUCAUGUUGGCCAACGAGUCCAUCCUGAUGAAGGGUCUGGUGGUACGGAGUCACAGCAACCAGAUCACCCUCCGUUUCCACAGCGCACGGCAGGACACCGCCUGCUCCCUCCUGCUACGCUACCAAGCCUUUGUGCUGAGCUGUACCUUCCCUCAACGUCCGGCCUAUGGGGAUGUGUCGGUGAGCAGCCUGCACUCAGGGGGAGAGGCCUACUUUUCCUGCCUAAUAGGCUACCAGCUACAGGGCCCCAAUACCCUCACCUGUCGCAACGCUAGCACCCCCUAUUGGAGCGGCAAUGAACCACGGUGCCUAGCUGCUUGCGGUGGCAUGGUCAAGAAUGCCACAGUCGGCCGUAUCGUGUCACCCGGCUUUCCGAGCAACUACAGCAACAACCUUACCUGCCAUUGGUUGCUGGAGGCCCCUGAGGGACAGCGGCUUCACGUCCACUUUGAGAAGGUGGCCCUCGCCGAAGACGAUGACAGGUUGAUGAUCAAAAACGGGAACAGCAUCGACUCCCCAACCAUGUACGACUCGUACGAGGUGGAAUACCUCCCCAACGAGGGUUUGGUGAGCACGUUCAGACACCUCUUCAUAGAACUCACCACGGACGCUUCCGGAACCUCCACGGGCGUCGCCAUCAGAUACCAAGCGUAUGCGGCCGGUCACUGCUACGAGCCGUUUGUCAAGUAUGGGAACUUCACCAGCAGUGACAGCACCUGGGCGGUGGGGACAGUGGUGGAGUUCACCUGCGAGCCUGGCUACACACUGGAGCAGGGCUCGGUCAUCAUCGAGUGCAUGGACCCCAGCAACCCCCAAUGGAAUGAGACAGAGCCGGCUUGUAGAGCUGUGUGCAGUGGAGAGAUGACAGACUCUGCAGGGGUGGUCCUAUCCCCUAACUGGCCUGAGGCUUAUGACAAGGGGCAGGAUUGCAUCUGGGGCAUCCAUGUGGAGGAGGACAAGAGGAUCAUGCUGGACAUCCAAGUACUCAAUGUUGGCAAGAACGACUUGCUGACAUUCUAUGACGGAGAUGACCUGACAGCCAAAGUGCUGGGCCAGUACGGUGGCACUCGGCCCCGCUUCAAACUCUACACCUCCAUGGGUGACGUGACUAUCCAGUUCCAGUCUGACCCUGCCACCAACAUAUACGGCUACAACAAUGGCUUUGUGGUGCACUUCUUUGAGGUUCCUCGUAACGACACGUGUCCUGAGCUCCCAGAGAUCACCAAUGGCUGGAAAAGCACGUCCCACCCCGAGCUAGUCCAUGGCACCGUGGUGACAUACCAGUGCUACCCGGGGUACCAGCUGGUUGGCACAGAGCUGCUCAUGUGCCAGUGGGACUUGACCUGGAGUGGAGAUCUGCCCAGCUGUGAAAGAGUUAUGUCCUGUGCUGAUCCUGGAACUGUGGAGCACAGUCGCAGGGUGAUGUCUGGACUGCACCUGACCGUGGGUUCCUCCGUCCAGUACAUCUGCAACCAGGGCUACAGCCUCUCUGGAAACAGCCUGCUCACCUGCUACAAACACGGCUCCUCUGAGCCCAAGUGGAGCCAAAGGCUACCCAGAUGUGUCCUGGAGACCUAUGAGCCCUGCAGGAACCCAGGCACUCCCACCUUCGGUAUCCCCAGCUCAGAUAAGCCCUUCUACCAGGCCGAUGAGAUACUGCGCUUCUCCUGCCUCACUGGCCAUGAGCUGCUGGGGGAGCCUGUCCUCCGCUGCGUCCCUGGACACCCGUCUCAGUGGAGCAGCCUGCCCCCUGUCUGCAGAGCCGACACACUGGAGUAUAUCAAUGAGCGCAGGCUAGACCUUGCCGAUGCAGACCUCAGGAUGGAUUCGGCCAAUGUAGCCAUAGCAGUCCUCAUCCCAGUUGCUCUCAUCUUGGUCCUUAUCUUAGGGAUCUACCUGUAUAUUUCAAAGGUUCAAGGGAAGUCUAUACGUCUCCCCAUUGCCUCCACCUUGCCAUACAACCACAUUGCAGCAGAAUCUACCUUUGACAACUCUGUCUAUGAGACUGCAAACAAUGAGGAGAUACGAGAGUAUGAGGUUUCUAUCUAG